GUUCUCAUUUCUUAAACCCUCUCACAAGCUCUCAUCUCACGCUCUCAACAUUCAUUGAAUGGACAAGAAGAACGCCGGUGUUGAUCCGCCGCCGGAGAAAUCCUCCUCCGCCGCCACAGGAGCUGAAGAAGCGGAGGAGAGUGGGUGGACGGAGUAUCUGGAGGAUUAUUUGUGGUCGGAAAUUGAGAGAAAAAGCAGUUUUUUGUGUUGUUCAAGUAGCGGGAGCUGUAGUUGGGAUAUUUCAGAAGCCAAUAAGGAAAAAAUCAAUGCUUUAACCCCAUUUUGUAGCGUUGGGGAGGUGAUUUUGGAUGCCCCAAACAAGCUAAGCCUCAAAAAAACAACAACUCAGACGAUUUUUGACGAUGAUUCCUUAGAAGAUACGGCCACUUCUCCUGUUCUAACUCCAAAAGUUGCUGAUUUUAACGUAUGAACAACCCAUCUAAAUCCUAGGAUUGAUGAACAUGUCGGGAUCAGUAACUCCACGGGCAGCAAUGGCCAUUGGGGAAUUAUGAUUCAAAACCCAGAAAAAGCUGCAGAGAAGCAAAGGAAAAAAGGGCUGUGUUUGAGUCCAAUUUAGAUGUAAUUUUGAGCUCCCGAACUCAACUCAAACUCGCUAUUAUAAUCUAUAAUUCUCUCGUUUCGUUCGUUAGUUUGAAUUAUUCGAGUAGUCAAGCUUUUUCUUUCACC